CUGCCGGCCCUCCAGAAGUUGCAGAACUUCGUCUGUUACUACCGCCGUACGAAGCUUGGCGGAAGCGACACCAGCGCCAAUAUUGCUGCAGCAAUUCGCGCUCGCGCUUUUAGCGGAACGGAGGAUGAGCAUGAGCCGAUCUCGUUUGGGUGGGACAUCGACGGCAAGGGCGAUCUAACGGUCGGAAAUGGCUCCGAUGAAAAGCCUUUUCUCAUAGGUUUCUCCACGAAAGCGCUGCUUUGUCAAGCUGCGCGAGAUGCAUCAAGUUUCAUCUUUCAUGUGGAUGCUACCUACAAAACCAACCAAGUGGGCUACCCUGUCCUAGUUUGUGGUAUCAGUGAUGCUGCCAGGAGAUUUCAUCUGCUCGCGCUUUUCAUUACAUCGCAACAAAAGGAGGAGCACUACGCGAAGGCCUUUGCAGCGUUGCGUUGGGUGUACAGCAAGGUGAUCGGACAGCCGCUUAAGGUAGCGUACGUUAUGGGCGAUGCCGACGGUGGCCAGUACAAUGCGGUCAGCACUGUAUUCGGCGCGGACUGUGACUACGUGCAUCUCAUGUGCUACUACCACCUCAUCGCGAAGGUG